GCGGAGCCUCCGCGGGAGCACAAGCUGUGCAGCGAGGGUAGAGGACGGCUCUCCGCAGCCCGCAAGCACUCGGCGAGACUUGCCUCUGCUUGAAGCUCCUCCGAGAUGCGAGGGGCGAAGAAACGCCAGGCGCUGCCCGCCAUCGUGCUCCUGCUGCUGGCCUCGGCCCCGCCGCCGCCGGGCGCCGAGGGCAGGGACGUGUCCGCCGCCGGAGCCGAGCGGGGGACGCUCCUCGACCUCCUCCUCCAAGCCCUGGGCGACGACGGCCGCCCGCUGCCGCCCCGCCCUCUACGGCGGGACCGGGUGAUCUCCCGGCGGUACAGCGGCGGCGGCGCCCCGCCGCCCGACCCCCGCUCCGUCGCCUCCGUCCCCCGCCCGCCCCCGGCUGUCGCCGCCGCCCCGCAGCCGGUCCGGCUCUUCGCCGCUGCACGCCACGGAGAAAUUUUUCCAAGAGAUUCCAGUCUAAAAGACAAAUUCAUAAAACAUUUUACAGGACCAGUCACAUUUUCAUCAGAGUGUAGCAAGCACUUUCAUCGACUGUAUCACAACACAAGGGACUGCUCGACACCAGCCUAUUAUAAAAGGUGUGCAAGGUUGCUAACGAGAUUAGCAAUGAGCCCUUUGUGUACACAGUCCUAGGAUGUUUGCUAUACUUUCUACUAAGGAGUGAAUUCAGAUUUGCCAAGAAAGUGCCUUCAAAUCUUCCAAGACAGCGAAGACAUCUUUUACCUUUUUGAUUUACAAUGUUUUGUUACUAGAUGCAUUUUAUUUUCAUAUAUUUGUCGGACAUUCCAUAUUUGUGUGAAGCAUUAUUUUAUUUUAAUUUGUAAAUUUAUUGCCUAUAGUUCAGAUAAGCCAAUUAUUUAAAUACAGUGUAUAUAAAAGGAUACUAAUGAUAUACUAAUUAUAUAUUGUAACCAUAUGCAGGGACUUGGUAAAAUUUUGCUGUUUCUCUUGUUCCAUUGUAUUUACAUCAUUCUGCUCAGGCUCUUACUUUCAUUAUUUGCACUAACUUGAAAUGCAGAAGUCUAUGUAACUGAAAUCUGAAUAAGCUGUAAGUGGAGAAGUUUUACUUGCCAUGGAAGAUAUUUUAUAUUUUGAAGCUUUGUUAAUAUAUACAUAUAUAUUAUUGUGCAUCAGAAAAACUUUGCUCAAAAAUGCACCUUGCUUUCAGGAACAUUUGUAUGACUAUUCUGGAUUUUCAUCAGUUACAUUUGUACUGGCACUUAUGGAAAGAGUUGCAAAUAAUGUAAAUAUAAAGACUGGAAAACUGCAAUGCAGUUUUGGUGGAAUAAAGGAC